CAGCAUCCGUAGGCGAUACGCUGCAGCAAGCGAUCAAUGGCAUAGAAGUAUUUGUGUUGUUCUGGAAUGGAGGAGGUAAAAGAUGACAAGACAUCUAAGGGGUUUAUAGACAGGCUCACUCUCGGUAUCAUUCGGGUUUUAGAGAACCUCCCAGGUGUGCUGGAUGUGCGAUUUGUAGAGAAACCCCCUGCAGAAAAGCGAUGCCUUCUCUCCUGGGAGCAGAAAAACAACUGCACUUUGCCGGAAGAUCUAAGAGAUUUCUAUCUCACAACAGAUGGCUUCAUGCUUGCCUGGAACACCAAGCUGGAAAAUGAAGUGGUUCCAGUGGGUUGCAUGAUGAUCAACAAUGUUGCUCAGUUACGCCCCCUGAUUCAGUCAAAUGUGUAUUCACUCCCCAAUGCACCUACUUUAGCUGAUCUUGACUUCGAGGAGGACUUAGAGGAAUCGGAUGGCCCCGAAAAUCCUCAUUUUGACUCUCGUAGCCGCAUCUUUGAGCUGGACCCCUGCAACGGUAAUGGCAAGGUUUGCCUUGUUUACAAGAAUUGCACAUCAGGUGUAAUGGCCCAGCAGUGUGAGGUGUGGUUCUUGGACCGGUCACUUUUCUGGCAUUAUCUCACCCCCUCCUUCACUGCCUACUACCGGCUUAUGAUCACUCAUCUGGGACUGCCGGAGUGGCAGUAUAAUUUCACUCCGUAUGGCCCAAGCCCACAAGCUAAGCAAUGGGCUGCCCUCUACCAACCCCUGACGUUCCACGGUGACUCUCAUCCUGAUGCAGCCGGUGAACCCCUACUGAACAAACUGGAUCCAGCCAAGGCGUUCCGUGGCAAGGCCAAGCCACCCACUCCCAAGAAGAAGCAGGCAGCACAGGUCCCAGCGAGCGGUGGGAGCACAGCCAAAGCACAGGGGGUCUCAGGAAGACACAGCGUGACUAAACGAUGACUUCAAUGUCCCAAUGUCCAUGCAAUGUUUCAUGUCUCAUUUAGGCAUGUCGAUUGCUAAUGCUGAGUAUUUACACUCAUAUAAGCAGUUAAUUUCAUCCACUGAUGCCCAUGAGUCUGUAUAUUUAUUAAAGAACAAAGAUGGAACAAUCCUGAGUCCCGAGGUUCUUCAGUAGUUUAGUUAUUCCUCUAUAUCCCAGAAGUUAGUAGUACGCACUAGAGUGAGAAAGUUGGCCUUUUUUUUUUUUGUCUGGCAUCCAUGUCUCAUAUUAGGCCUGUAAACAUCCAGGUCCCCUCUGUGG